AUGCCUCCCUUAGAUGACCAGCACGCCACAAAGCUGAAUGAAUGGGCGAACAAAUAUCGCGGUGCUACCGUCGCCGACUUGGACCUCCCUCCUGCCCUUUCGACCUCACCAGCAACCUCGCUCUCUUCUGCUCUCCUGUCAGCCUCCUCACACGACUAUUCGCACUUAACCGUUGUCUCGGACAAUACCCGUUCCCUCCUUGGUUAUCUGUCCGUCUCUCAUUUGAAAAACCUCUUUGAGACAAAACAACUUGAUCCUUCAGACCCGGUCUCCAAGGCCAUGGUCAAGUUCCAACGCGGCGGCGGCAAGAAAUAUCAAAUCAUCACCAUGGAAACUGAAUUGUGGGAGUUGGAAGGUUUCUUUGAGAAUGUUGGUCCGUUUGCGACCGGCGCCAAUCAAGACUUUGCUGUAGUUACUGACGGUGGCCGCAAAUUUGUUCUCGGGGUUGUGACGAGGGGCGAUCUGGCCGAGUUCGUCAAGAGAAGACCAGCGUGA